AGACCAAUAAAGCAUCUCCAAGGUGAUGUCAUGCAGGCAGCAUUGAUGCUGUUGCUGAUGCUGUUGCCUGGCGCCUGCAUCCACGCAGCCAGACAGAAGUAACUACAGCGAGCCAUCCACCUAAAGCAGAAGAAACGACCGGGACCGAAGGGGGGAGUGAGCAGGAUCUUCAGCAUCUCUGGAGAGUUACAGACGCAGUGAAAAGAUGACUCUGGCAGAGAAGGUCAAAGAGCUCCCCCUGGUGUCUCUGUUCUGCGCCUGCCUGAAGCCACACAUCUCAGAGAAAACCACGUACAAAGCAGAAGAUGCCGUAGACCUGGGCUGGUGUGUCAUGAAGGACGUGGAGGUUAUUGAGAUCAAUAAGCGGACAUCAGGCCAGGCAUUCGAGGUGAUCCUCAAGCCUCCGUCCUUUGAUGGAGCACCAGACCUUAACACCUCCAUGCCACAGCGCCGAGACCCAUCCCUGGAGGAGAUCCAAAAGAAGCUGGAGGCAGCUGAGGAGAGACGAAAGUGCCAGGAGGCUGAACUGCUGAAGCACUUGGCAGAGAAGAGGGAACAUCAGCGAGAGGUGAUCCAGAAGGCGUUUGAGGAAAAUAACAACUUCAUCAAGAAUGCCAAGGAGAAGCUGGAGCAGAAGAUGGAGGCCAACAAGGAGAACAGGGAGGCCCUUCUGGCCGCCAUGCUGGAGAGGCUGCAGGAGAAGGAUAAGCACGCUGAGGAAGUCAGAAAGAACAAGGAGAUGAAAGAGGAGGCCUGCCGAUAGGCUGAGCUGAGCCAACCCAGAGAACCAGUCAGACUAUGACUUCCUGUGUGUCUGUUCUAAACAAAAUGUAAAAAAAAACAAGGAAAGAAAACAAAUGGACUCAACCACAGCAACUUGGACGAGUUUAAAAGUCAGGUUUCAAUUUUAAUUAUGCUGUGAGGAGCUUCAACAAACUGUGCAAAGGGCGACGCUCGGUGUUAAAAGUGCUUGUGUGUGUGUGUGUGUGUGGGGGGGGGGGGGGGGGGGGGGGGGCAGCUUCUCUGUCCGUCUGAGUGACCUGAUGCUUUUCGGGUUCACUGGACCUUACCCGUCACACACACACACACACACACACACACACACACACACACACACACACACACACACACACACACACACACACACACACACACACACACACACACACACACACACACACUUGUUUUUGUAUUUUUGCGUGGACGUCCAUUGACUUCCAUUCAUUUUAGUGACUUCACUGUGCCUGACCUGUACCCUAGCCCUAACCUAACCACCAAAACCGUGGUAUGAAAUAACUUUUAGUUUAGGUUAGGAAAAGAACCCCAUUGGUUGUUCUUUUCCUAACCUAAACUAAAAGUUAUUUCACACCAUAGUUUUAGGGUGCUUAGCAUUACGUUGACCAGAAAAAUGUCCCCACAAUAUGGAAAUGUCCACACUCUACUGGUUAAAGUUACAAUUUUUCCACUUAAAGGUAUAAAGACAAGUGUACACAAACACACACACUUACACUCACUCACACACAUUUCUUCUUGACUGAAGACAGAGUUGCUGAGCAACAUGAAAACCCUGCUGAUGGAAUUCAAUCUGGACCUGUGGAAACCAUUUAUCACCUACAGAACCAAAAGCUUCUCCUGUCGUGGAUCACUAAACAUCACUAAAGAUUUUAUUUUAUCAUCCUUCUGCUUUAUGUUGUACAGAGUCUCAAGGACGACACAGGAGACUAAAUUAAUUGGCCAAUGGGUUUCCUAGUACAGUCCUAGUGUGCACCAGACACUUUCUUGUGUGUUCAAGAUAAUGUUUUGACAGUGUCUAUUGGGCCAUUCCCAUCUGUACGGGCCGACCCGGUACAGAUGGGAAUGGCCCAUUAGGUUGUUUACAUAUCUGGGUGGCCUGGUAUUUUUCCGGGCCGACCAAGGCUCAUUCUCAGCCCUCUUGUCGAGGGGGUCUGCUUCAGGCCGACCAGGGCCAACACACCCACUGCUGACAGCAAAUUCACACCUUCCAUUAGAGCAAGCCUCUGAUUGGUGGGUAGAAUCAGCCCACAUGGGCUUAAGGCAAGGAUGUGUGGAAUCAACCGGGCCAGGCUGGGACCGACUGGGGCUACCCGGCCCGGGCCGACCCGGUACAGAUGGGAAUGGCCCAUAUGUGCACAAGAUAGUCUAUGUGCAUCACAACUUGUGUGCACCAGAUAGUGUCUAUGGCUCCAGAAAUUGCCUGUUUUUGCACCUGAUAGUGCUUAUGUGCACCAGAAUGUGUCUGCUUGCACCUGGAAGUGUCUUUGUGCACAAGUUAGUGUCUCUGUUUGCACCAGAUUGUGUCUACGUGCACUAGAUGGUGUCUCUGUGUGCAACAGUUUAUUUUUAUGUGCACUAGAUAGUGUUUCUGUUUGCACUAAAUAAUUUUAUGUGCACUAGUAGUGUCUCUGUGUGCACCAGAGAAUUUAUGUGUGCGCUAGAUAUUGUCUCUGUUUAUACCAGAGAAUUUCUAUGUGCACUUAUUUCUUGCUACUUGUGUACAUCAGACAGUGUCUCUGUGCACAUAGAAAGUAUUUUUUGCACAAGAACCCAUGUUACUUUUUUAUCUCCUGUGUCUCCUCAGGACUACAUCAAUGCACUCAUGAAGCUUUGUGGUGAACAUAUGAUUCGACUUGCUUGUGUAUGUUCCGCCAUCAUCAGACACUCUGAACCUGUAGCUGUAGUUCAGCCACAUGCAUUUACGCCUCUUAGAGCACUGAUUGCACUCUUAUUUCAUUAAGCACAACUCAGAAGCACACAUGCAUACAAGCGGAACAUCUAUUCAGGAAAUCUACUAGAGGAGCUGUCAGUAACAUCAGUCCAGGACUUGCUGUUUUUCUUCGUGUUAAAGAGAACUAAAAGUGAGGAGCGUUUGCAGAAGAAUGAAACAUGCCUGAGGUGUUGAGUCAUACUGACUUGAUUGAAAUGUUUAAAUGUUUGUAAAGUAUUUAGGAAGUGGAGCUCUGCUUUGUACUUGCUGUAACUGCCUGUUGCUGUAUUUCUUAGGAUUGGAUUAUUUGUAUUUAUUUGGCAUGAUCAGUUAAACAAUCUUGAGUUGAA